AUGACUGUGCUUCCUCCAUUAAAUACGUUCAGGCGUGCGAUUUUCGAGGUAGACGCUGGCGUAUCUGUCAGUAUCAUGAUGAAGUUUUCUGGAGAGUGGACCGGCCAGGGUCAGCCAUAUAAACAGCAACCUGCAGAGCCAGAGCAGAAAAUUGUCUCAUCUAAGAUGAACCCUGCGGCCCCUGUGCGCCACAAUGGUCCCACGAGUGCCACCACGACGGUGGCACUCAUCUAUGGAGGAACAGAAUUACUCGGGGCCCAAGCGGUUGGAGAACACAUUCUAGAGCUUCCAUCCCAGGCGACUCUGACAGUCGUUUCCCAAGUCUGCGGACACGAAGUCGGCUACUGGAGCCAAGGCGAGUGGUUCCCUGCUCGCGUCAAAAAAUUGGCAAUGUUCCAGCGCUUCCUACCAUGCAAGGCCGUACCGUCAUCCCAUAACGUCAUGAGCAUCAUGAAGCUGACUGCAACAGAAUGGAAGAUUGGAUGGCGCCGAGAUGCUCGAUGUUGCGCGAUCUUUGGGAACAUGGGACAGGCGCACCGAUACGUGCUGGGAUACGACAAGGGUCAUCAAAUGAGGAUCUCAAGGCCUCGUAUCAUGCGCAGCUGUCGAGUAGUGCCAUCUGCACUCGCAGACUCUGCAGAUGGCCUAGCAUUGCCUGGGGUCCCAGUUCCAGUUGCCGUUUCGGCUCAUGGCUGUGAUGUCUCAACACGCCAUGAUAAGCGAAAAGCGGGAUGGCGGCGGAAGAUGCGAGCUGUGCCUCGAGCAUUUGGUGCCCCGCAGACAAUCAGAGGAGUCACUGCAAUGAGUGUGAUUCACUCGAUCGCAUGGUGCACGCCUGUUCACAAGUCGAGCAAUGCGCCUGUGCACGGGUUGGGUGAAUGUCUUGAUUUUGAAGUGCUGCUGUCCUUCCUGCCCGCAAUGCCCGAGCCGAAAGCAAACAAGCGAGCGAGUCUGGCACAGCUGAUGAAUGCCGGCUUCCAACGAGAGGGUCUGGGCCAGACGUUGCCAACAGGCGAAAGUAGAUGGAAAAUCCGUGACAAGCGAGGCAGGACGGAUGGACAAGAAGUAACUGUUUCGAGUGGAAGGGGAGGUGUCAACACGAGAAAGGCCAGACACACACACUUCUCACGACGUUCGGGAUUUGUAGAGUCGUCAGCAGUCCAGAAGAAGGAUUUGUCCCGGAUGCAUUGGAGCGAGAUCGUGGCUGCGGUUUUUGAUAAAGGGCCGGAGUUCGCCAUCUCCGCGAUCUGGAAGAUCAUCGGUGUGGACAGGGCAUCUUGGAGCAUCUGGACGCGAUCUCGGAAAUUUGUUUUGCAGGAGAGAGAUAGGGCAGCCGAUUGCCUGGGCGACGGCCCCCAGCCCUCCACGGCUCGAGGUGAAUCGUCGUUCCUCGCUGAAUGGGCAUUCGAAGAGUCCAGCCUAGCGGGUAGCUGCUGCAAUGGCACUUACAGCGCAGGUCUCACACAGUCCGUGACAUAUGAGGCACUCGCCCCAAGCAAGCGACAUCCAUCGCCCGACGUGCGGCCCAAGGGUCCGGCGCAGCGCAUCGCAGCUACUACCGGGCGGACGGGCUUCUGGGUCCAGGACCUGAGCACUGAGGACGUGCCGUGCUGUGCGAACGAACCUCGCUUCGGUGCCGGCACGAAGGACUCGGAGGAUAUGCCUGUGCUGCUUCUUUUCGUGGCAGACGUCUUCAACGUGUCAGACGACAUGGGUCACGACGCACCUACGCUCAACUUCGUGCUCGUGCGAUCACCACGCUCCCAUCGACGCAGCGGGUAG